AUGAACCCAGAGAACCCUCCAGCAUAUCCGGGCCCAGGCCCAAUGGCUCCAUACCCACCUUAUCCACAACAACCAAUGGGGCCUGUCGGGGGGCCCUACCCACCUCCUCAGAGGUACCUCUAUCAAGGAUAUCCACAAUACAGCUGGCAGGACAGACCACAGGAGCCUCCUAAGACCACAGUGUAUGUGGUGGAAGACCAAAGAAGAGAUGACCUGGGCCCAUCCACCUGCCUCACAGCCUGCUGGACUGCUCUCUGUUGCUGCUGUCUCUGGGACAUGCUCACCUGAGCAGC